AAUAUUUUUUGUCUUUAGUGUACUCUCGGCAGCAGACCAGAAAAAACACGAAUCGAUAAAAAAAAUUGUAAUUUUUUGAAGUUUCGGGUGUGUUUGUGUCUUGUAACAGAGUGCAAAGUAAACACUGACAAAAAAUUUAAUUUUUUGUGACAAAAAAGUGAAUUAAGAAAUUAACAAAAAUUAAAAAAAAAAUAUUUUCCUUGAAAAAAAAACUGAAAAUCUUCCAAAAAUUAUCUAAAAAUGGUACAGAAUGAUUUCGAAUCGCCUCCAUCGCAGGAGAUGGACACUUUUUUGCCGAAAGAUAGUGUCAAUGGAAAUGGCAAAUAUAAAAUCACACCUGCCAAAGAUGCAGAAAAUGGAACUUUAUCCGAAUUUGAUCCUUUUAAGGAGCGGCAUGUGGAACAUCCAACAACUGAUCGCGACACUUUGAUGCAUUUACUGAAGGCGAGUCUUGGCACCGGAAUUCUCUCGAUGCCCGUUGCUUUUUCGAAUGCCGGAACAGUUGUCGGUAUUUUUGCCACCAUUUUUACUGCCAUCAUUUGUACGCAUUGUGCCUAUGUGCUUGUCAAGUGUGCCCACGUCUUGUAUCGUCGCACGCGGAAGACCCAAAUGACCUUUGCCGAAGUCGCGCAAUAUUCCUUUGAAAAAGGCCCGAAAUUCUUGCGACCUUUUUCGAAACUCUCCUCGAUGACGAUCCUGUUUUCGCUUUUUGUGACAUAUUUCGGCACGUGUUCCGUGUACACGGUCAUCAUUGCGGCGAAUUUUAAUCAAGUGUUCGAACAUUAUGCCGGUUACGAGGUGAAUAUGCAAAUGGCGAUUGCUGCGUUGUUGAUUCCGUUGAUCUUGCUUGCUUGGGUGCCGAAUUUGAAGUAUUUGGCGCCCGUUUCGGCUGUGGCGAAUGUUUUCAUGGGCGUCGGAUUGGGAAUUACCUUCUAUUAUUUGGUUACGGAUGCACCUCCAGUCAGCGAUAGACCGAUGGCAGUGGAUAUUUUGAGGAUUCCGUCGUUCUUUUCGAUUGUAAUUUUUGCCAUGGAAGCUAUUGGAGUCGUGAUGCCCUUGGAAAAUUCCAUGAAAACUCCCCAAAACUUCAUUGGUCUCUGUGGUGUCCUUAAUCAAGGCAUGGCUGGCGUAACUCUCGUCUAUAUCUUGCUCGGCUUUCUUGGUUUUGUCAAAUACGGUGAAGCAGCACUCGGAAGUAUCACUCUUAACUUACCAGUUGACGAAUAUCCUGCACAAGCCGUGAAACUCUUGAUCGCAUUGGCUGUUUAUUGCACAUUUGGCUUGCAAUUCUACGUUUGUGUUGAAAUUGGAUGGAAUGCCAUCAAAGAAAAGUUUACCAAGCGCCCAUUGCUCGUCGAAUACGUCAUGAGAACAGUUUUUGUUACCGGAUCUGUCUUGUUAGCUAUCGCCGUGCCCACAAUUGCUCCAUUUGUUGGUCUCAUUGGCGCCUUUUGCUUCUCCAUUUUGGGUUUGAUCAUGCCGGUUCUUAUUGAAUUCGCCACUUAUUGGGACACGGGCUUCGGAAAGUACAACUGGAUUGUAUGGAAGAACAUCGUUUUGAUCCUCUUCGGUCUCUUUGCGCUCAUUUUCGGUACAAAAGACGCCAUUAGAGACAUCAUUGCGGAAUAUGGAGGAGAUAAAUCCUAAACUGGAAAAAUGUGUUGAACACCCCUGAUGAGAAAAUUGCAGCUGAAUGGACAAAAUUUUGUGUUUGUGUUUGUACAAGUACAAUAAUUAUUAUUUAUUUGCAAGCUAAUUUUGUUAAAAAAUAUUUUUUUUUAUUUUGUCAUUUUCAAAGAAAAUCGUGAAUGUUGAAUGAAAGCUAUAGCAAAAGAUUAAAAAUGGGUGAAAAAUAUUUAUAGUAUUAUAAAAAAAAAUAAAAUUUUCAAUUAAAAGGCCAAUUAUUAAAAAAAUUGUGUGAUGCUUAAAAAUACAAAAAAAAAAAAUAAAUAUUUAAAAAUUUCAAUGCAAUAUAAAAAAAAAAUAAAUUCAAAAAAAAAUCUAAAAAAAAAGCAAUUAAUUUUUAAUAUUCGUUCAUUUUAUCGAGCCUCGCUUUUACAACAACCAAAAAAAAAAAAAAAAUUAUAAAAAACAUUUUUUUUAAUAGAAAAUUUUAUGAAGUAGGUAAAAAUCAAUUAUUUUGAGAGGAAGUGUAAAUUUUGGCUUUUUCGGUAAAAAUUAAGAGAAAAAGCUGAAAUUCUUGUUUUAUAAAAUUUAUACAAUAUCCUAAAAAGAGUAUGAAAGACGUAAAUCAAGUGCCUCUUGAUCAUUAUUUUAAUUUUUUAGAAUUUUUUUAGAAAUUUUUUUAAUUGAAUGAUUUAGUUAAAAUUUAAAUUUUAAUGAAAAAAAAAACAAUUGAGACGAAAGUAACUAG